AACAUGCCUAGGCCGUCUAGGGACUCCUAUGGCGACCAGAAACCUCCAUAUUCCUAUAUAUCUUUAACAGCUAUGGCUAUCUGGAAUUCACCCGAAAAAAUGCUUCCGCUUUCCGAAAUAUAUAAAUUUAUAACCGACAGAUUUCCGUAUUAUAGAAAAAAUACUCAAAGGUGGCAAAAUUCGUUAAGGCAUAAUUUAUCUUUCAACGAUUGUUUCAUCAAAAUCCCAAGACAACCCGAUAGACCGGGUAAAGGUGCGUACUGGGCUUUACAUCCCGCAGCUUUUGAUAUGUUUGUUAAUGGAAGUCUACUUCGACGAAGAAAGCGCUUCAAGCUCUUGAAAAGUGAUAAAGAAAUACUAGAAAAUGAAUUAGCCGCUCUUACAAAUAUAAAUAGGAUAUUCUUUUCGCCACCGAAUCCUCAAGGAGAAGUUAACCCCGCAGCUCAUCCGACGGUAGUGGCGCCGCAACCUCCUUCGCCUAAUAUAACUAAAUCGCCCGAAACUUCGGUCACAUGUAUAAGACCUAAAAGGUCUUUUACAAUAGAAAGUUUAAUAUCUCCCGAUAAACCUACUCCUGUGGUGCCUAGUGCUACACAUAUGGUGCCUCAUGUUCAUCCUUGGAUGCUGUCUUCAUACGACUUCACGUUUACUAAUCCAAUUGCUUUAAUGCCUCCUGCUACCCAUUAUGAAGCUUAUGGACUUGCUUCUGCCGAAGAAUUGUUUAGAGUUUCGCAGUUAUAAAAAAUUUGUGUUGAUUUCGUAGACUUCUUAAAGAAGAAUAUUAGAAAAUUGGAAGGAAGCUGUAACUCUUUGGGAGUUCUAAGACUGAGUUACUGUUGUAAAAGUACGUACUUUUGUUGUGAUUUUUUUUGUAUAAGUAUUUAUUUUGUUGAUAUUAUAAAUAAUAUGAAAUUAACAUGAUUGUUUCGUUUUAAACAGUUAAAUUUAAUUAUAUCAUUUCUGGUUGUUCACUUGAAUUUAAAAAAAAUGAUACGACACCUGCAUAUAAUGUGAUGCUAUUCAAAAUACACCAUUGGGAAUCAAAGUUUAGUCUACUCACUUUGAUAUACCUACCUAUUUGGUUACUGAAAGCUUUCAGUAAAUUAUUUAUAAAGACAUUGGUCUAUGUGAAAAAAAUAUUAAAUUUUUACAUUUUUUCUAAUAUCUAUGAGGAAAAAGUUUCAGUAUUCUUCACGCGGAUCUUCAAAAGAACAAUGGCAGUAUAUAUAUCAAAUAAUAAUUUAUUCCUUCGGAAAUAUCACUGAUGCUAAGGAAUUUCUUAACCAUCCGCUAGGCGCUUAAGCUUUUGCAACACCACCAGGUAUUAGCCGUAUUCUGGUCGGCAACUUUUGUUUCAUUUCAUUUCCUAACUCACUCUUAAUGAUGAUUUAAUUUGCUUUAAAAAAAAAUAAACGUCUUCGCAAAGAACUUCCAUGGCAUUCCAACAAUAUUCGCAUAUUGUUUUGGAAUCAAUCUUCACACAAUUUGCUUCAUUUUCUUUCUUCAAUGUCUUCAACUGCUCUUUUCCAAUAAUGAAGGCUUCGCAUCUAUGGGAAGGUUUUUUAUGUCUGAUCUGGCAUACAACUGUUCUUUCAUUAAAUUUUGAACCAGGUUUUUGAGAAAAAUAUUUCUUCGAUCAGGAGCUUCUACUGGUAAUCCUUAAUUAAACAAUAUCUGUUUUUUGAUCCCAGCUACGUUCAUUACAUUCUUGGUGUCUGUCGAUUCUAUCAUUAUUAUGCAUAAUUUAAAUCAACUACAUAUUUAUUUUUCUUCAUUGCGUAUGAGAAACAAUAGGCAACUCUUUUUGGAAGCCGAACUGAGAAUUGGCAAAAAUUCUUGAUGGAUAGCUAAUGUAUUUUUCAUCAGGGUGUCCAGGAAUGGAAUUUUCUUUGCUAAAAGAAUCUGAGCCAAGUCGAACGGCGUGUGACAACUUUCACUUCAAUAUUAACUGUUUAUUGAAUGACUGAGAUUUACUUCCACUUUUUUGUUGUAGGGGAUGAAUAUCAGGUACUUGAACACAAAAAAAUAACGAAAAUUCCUGUAUGUCGUCCACCUGACGUCGUAUCGCCGGGCGAAAGGUUAAACGAAACCAUUUCACCCUCACUUCAAAUUUCAUUUUAAAUCGUAUUAAAAAUCGACAUUCUCGUCUUCUAGUAUUCCUCAUGCAAAAAGGGGAGCCCCAGUUAUCUUCGCGGGGAGUAUGUUGUUACAAUUUUUAAUUAUUGUCAAAAUGACAAUAGCUAUCAAACAAUUUAUUUAUUUGAUUACUUCUAUCGUUAAUAUGUCUAUUCAUCUAUUAAAAUAUGAUUGAAAAAUUAUUAUUUCUUCACAAUGGAAACUUAAAGCAAAAAAGUCGAUUGUAACAACUUACCCCCGAUGGGAGCUUGUUGUUACACCUUCGGGGUAAGAUGUUAUGUUAAAUUAAUAGACAUAAUCGUCAAUGAUUAAGAUUUUUUUUAUUAUUUACAAACGUUAUAAAUAAAAGAGAUUACUUGAAACAGGCUUCUCACAAUUAUGAAUACAUAUAGUAGAAGUUGGCCUAAUUUGGACCUAUUUUAUAAUAUUCACUAUAUAUAAGCUCGGAAGAAGUGUCAAUAGAAUUUAAAAAGUAGAAAAGAAACUUCCUAAGUGUAAUAAAACCAUCUAUUAGAGUUUCAAAUACCAUUUAUAAUAGUAAAAAAGAAAUUUAAAGAAAUCAUAUCAUCGUUCAAAUAUAUAAAAUAUAUUUGUACGGCUCGCUGCCCAAAUUGGACCACUAGCUUUCUUAUCAACAAUUAUAACAAUAGAACCUUUCAACUGCAGCACUAGCUCCAGCACUCCGAGUAUGAAUCCAAGAGUUUUUUCUUUCUUUCUUGUUUUUUUCACUUAAUGCUCAGAAACAUGAACUACUAUUUUCUGUUUUAUGUUUCGGCAUUUUAUCAAAGUUUGGUGAAUUGAUUUUUUGACUUUAUUCUGUCUAACUGUGAUUUCUGCUUAUUAUUUCUACUGCUUUUUGAGGUAUUGGCGACCUCCGAGAACACGAAGGACUAUCUGGAUUUUGAUUUUUCUUUGCCACCGUUGAUAUUUUUUCAAGGACUCUGCCUGCCUCUUUGCAGGUGAAUGCAUUUAAAUUGAAGUCACCAUACCGCAAUAUCGCUUUUUUCUAUCAAAAUAGACUUCCUUGAAUGCUAUUUGCACGGAAAAAGUUUCCAUAGUGUCCAUCGACUCAGCUCAGGGUAGUUCUUAUAAUCUGAUGUAAAUUAUUUUCUAAAGAAGAACACAUGUACUUUUCUCUUUAUUUCAAAUGAUUUUUUCCUAGGGAAAGAAGAUUUGUAUGAAAGAAAUCCUUGGAAUUAAAAUAAAGCAAAAUUUCUAACUAUUAUUGGGUACUUUUAUAAAUGGAAUGAUACGGUACGAAAACUUGUAUUAGCUCAGGUACAAAAUUUUAGGAACUAUCUAGAUUAUUCUGUAUCUAAUAAUAUUUUAAAUGACCUUACAAAGUUUUGGUUUAGUAAGUAGGUUUUAUUACCCUCUCGUACAUAAAAAUAGAUUGUAAUUUGGCCGAAUUCACAUUCCCAGAAUAUUCAAGUCAGGUAUGCAACCUAUGAAUCAUCUUGUUAUGACAAAAGAAUUUUGUGGGCAACGAAAACAAUUUUUUCUCAAACUCUCAAAGUAAUUUUUGAAAACUAUUGAUAAUUUAUAUAAAAUUCCAUUUAAAAAUUAUACGAGGAUAUAUUGAAAAAUUCUUAGCCUACUAUAGAACCAAACAAAAUUUCAAAUGUCAAAAUAUUUUUUUACUCAACAUAUUCUCCUCUUAAUUGGAUACAUUUAUUACAGCGAACCUGCAAUGUCUCUAGACCUUUAAAAAAAAUGUUUCUUCUUGCUCUGCAUACCAAACCCCCACAGCUUUUAUUAUCUCCUCGUUGGAAGAAAAUUUACGAACUUUUAAACUUUUUUUCGGUUGAGGAAAGAGAUGAUAGUCGGACGCAGCCAAAUCUGGUGAUUAAGGGGGGUGUUCUAGCAAUUCAAACCCUAAAUCACGAAUUUUUUGCAUCGCAACAUGAGAUUUGUGUGCAGGGGCUUUGUCCUGCAAAAAAAUAGCUUUCCGCGUCUUUCCUUUAAUUUUUUCCCGUAGAGUGGUCAGUAAUAUUGAAUAGUAAUCUCCAGUUAUUGUUCAAUCCUUAUCCAAAAAAUUAAUCAUGAUUACUCCAUGGCAAUCCC